AAAAUGUUCCUGUUGGCCGCUGGGCGGCGCUGCAUUUUACAGAACUAUAAACAGAUCCGUCUGUGUUUCCGGUUCCGGUUCCGGUUCAGUCCCAGCAGCGUUUUGUUUUGUUAGUUUCUCUGCCGUGUGGUUUUAUUUUCUGCUCUCAUGUACCGAGCACCGGACAGACCUCAGCGGAGCCCUGCAGCCCCGCGGCCGGCUGGAAGGUUCCCCUCCCCGGCCUCCGGCUGGGGUUUCCCCCGCUCUCCUUACGGAGGCUCCGGGCAACGGGGAGCAUCUCCCCGCGGCUACUCUCCGGCUUCCCCGUGCUACUCUCCGGGCUACUCCCCGGGAUCUCACCGAGGAUACAGGGACGGAUCCCCGGCCGGGUUCGGCAACGGGUCCCGGGGAUUCGGGGAGUCCCCGGCCGGGUUCGGCAGCGGGUCCCGUGGAUUCGGGGAGUCCCCGGCCGGGUUCGGCAGCGGGUCCCGGGGAUUCGGGGAGUCCCCGGCCGGGUUCGGCAGCGGGUCCCGGGGAUUCGGGGGGCACAUGCGGCACAGAGGAAGCGGAGGUUUCCGGCGGCCUCAGUCCUUUAGUCCCGCCUCAGCUAACUUCCAGGUGGAGAAGUAUUUCAGUCCGUCGAUGCUCCAGGACCCCUGGGCGGCUCUGCAGCCUAUCACAGACAAACAGACCACCUGACA